ACUUCUAUGUUUUUGUGAAACAAAAUAAGUUACACUACUGCCUACAAAACACGAUGGUCAUAAGAAGAUACACAUAGUCUAUUCAACUCCUAAGGCUGCACGAUCUUAAUACUUGGAAGCAUGUUAAAUAAAUAUACAUUCAUCGCAUUAUCGAAAGCGUGCGAACACAAACACAAUCUGUUCUAAUAAAUAAUAAAACAAAUCAGAUAAUUCCAACUGUUCAGAAUCAUCACCAACCCUUACAUUACAAAUAUUUCAUUUCUCAAUCCUUCGACUCAACUUCAAUGGGCAAACCGGAGAGGAAAGCCAGAGAGAAGACAUGCUCUUCUUCGUCGUCUUAUCUUCUUCGCUGCUUCGGUAUUUCCCGGAAAAUACACUCUCACAAACAAAUGCUAGACGACGGCGCCGGCGGUCAAGAGAAGAAGAAGAAGAAAAUAAGGAGUCGUUGGUUUUCUCGAGCGACAGCAUUCCGUGUGAAAAACUGCGAGAUCACAACGACGACGAUAUGUGAGACGAAGAAACAUAACUUGACUAUUGAAGAUGAUAAGCAAAACCUGUUUCGGGUGAUACGUCAAGUUACUAAUCCGAAGAACAUAACUGCCGUUGGACAACAUGAAACGAAAGAGAAAAACACGAGUCAGCAGCAAAGAGACAUAAACCCGGAACCGUUGACUUUAUCAGGAUACGACAUGUGUUGCGAACAGGCAUCAGUUCGUGUCGGGAAACUCGAACCGACUAAACCUGUCGGGUCCGGGCCAAAGCGGGAGAAGAAUUCUCGGGUCAGAAAAGCAUCGCGGGUUGACCCGGUGAUUGGGAUAUCAAUCAUAAUGCUAACGCUAGUGAUCAUGUUGAUGUGGGGACGUUUGUGUGCGGUUCUUUGUACAUGUACUUGGUGUUACUUUCUCCCUCGUCUCAAACGCAAACGCAUUGGUGGCGGUGAAGCUCAAGGCAAAGAUGUUUUGGAUUUGAACUCUGACGCUUAUAAGAAAAAAGUUGUUCUGGAAGGGUUUCUGGUACGGCAGCAACGUCGCGUUUUGAUGUGACCACGUUUUGAUAUCUUUUCUAAUUUUUGUUUAUUUAUUGUUUUUGUACAUGCCAUAACCACUGAUAUUACUCGAUCAUUCAUCAUGCAUGCACGCACAUUUCUAUAUACAUUGUCCUUUACAGUUGUCUAUAUAUUGUACUCCUUUCAUAGUUUUAGAUGUGUUUUUUUUUUUAAUUUCAAUAAAUAAGUUUU